AUCUAAACUAUAAUCACAUAGCAAAUGCCCGUUCUCACUAUCAAACCAAAAAACGAUUAUUAGAAAUUGAAUGUCAACAAACACAAAUAGAGAAGGAACAUCUAGCUACUAAAUAUGGGUUAAUAACUUCUCCUGGACCUUUUAGUAUCCUCCAAUGGGAUCAACACAUACAGUCUCCACAAGACAUAUAUCAUUCUAUGGGUGGAAAGGCUCGGACUUUGCUGAAUGCUACAUUUAAUAUACUUAACAAUGGUGGUAAAAAAGCCUUUAUAGAACAUUGGAAAACUAUUGAAAAACCUAGUAGUUGGAGCAGAUUGCUUAAUCCAAUAAGGCAUUGUCAAAGCUUUAUGUUUUCUGAUGUUUUAAAAAUCUCAAUGCUGAUGUCAUUUAUACUUAGGCGUUUCUUAAACUCCAAUCAUAUAAAAAAAGAGAUUUCAUCAACAAAACAAACUAAGCAACUUUGUAUACUUUGGGCAGUUGAGGCUAAAGUUCUUAAACUUGCAUUUUCAACUACAAUGACAGAAAGCACUUAUAAAGAAUUACAAGAUUCACUAAGAAAAGAACAUGAGAUGCUCAUUCAGAUUAGUUUUAUUGAUUCUUAA